AUGGAAGAAAGACCGGAAACGGAGUUGAUUUCCAUUCCGGCCACGCCACGUGAUUCCACGCCCGAGAUACUCACGCCGUCUGGCCACCGCUCUCCCAGGCCACAGUCGAAGGAAGGUGGGAAGUCGUCGACGGCRUGGACRCCGACGUCGUUUAUAUCRCCGAGGUUUUUGAGUCCSAUYGGWACGCCGAUGAAGARGGUGUUGRURAACAUGAAAGGGUAUUURGARGAAGUGGGUCAUCUMACKAAACUMAACCCACAAGACGCMUGGCUUCCGAUMACSGAGUCCCGGAACGGCAAUGCUCAUUACGCCGCUUUUCAUAACCUUAACGCCGGCGUCGGAUUUCAAGCUCUCGUUUUGCCGGUUGCUUUUUCUUUCCUCGGCUGGAGCUGGGGGAUCGUUUCAUUGACCAUAGCUUACUUUUGGCAACUAUACACCUUGUGGAUCUUGGUACAACUUCACGAAGCUGUUCCUGGCAAGCGGUACAAUCGAUAUGUCGAGCUUGCGGAGGCAGCGUUUGGAAAUCGAUUGGGUGCAUGGCUCUCGAUCUUUCCAACGGCCUACUUAUCUGCAGGGACUGCAACGGCUUUGAUUAUAGUUGGAGGGGAAACUAUGAAAUUAUUCUUCGAGAUUGUUUGCGGGCCCCUCUGUUCAUCGAAUCCAUUGACUACCGUCGAAUGGUAUUUGGUUUUCACGUCGUUAUGCAUCGUGUUGUCUCAGCUUCCGAACCUGAACUCAAUCGCUGGACUUUCGCUCGUAGGGGCUGUGACUGCCAUCUUUUACUCGACCAUGGUUUGGGUCCUCUCGGUUAGCCAACCCAGACCACCCAACAUCUCUUACGAACCCGUUCCGUUACCUACAUUUACCGCUUCGGUCUUUUCGACUUUUAAUGCACUUGGUAUCAUAGCAUUUGCAUUUAGAGGCCAUAAUCUAGUCCUCGAGAUUCAGUCGACGAUGCCAUCGACGUUCAAGCACCCAGCUCAUGUGCCAAUGUGGAAAGGAGCCAAGGUUGCAUACUUCUUCAUCGCCAUGUGUUUGUUCCCGGUAGCAAUCGGCGGUUUUUGGGCUUACGGAAACCUCAUGCCGUCAGGCGGGAUUCUGAAUGCAAUGUUUGGGUUCCACGAACACGAUAUUUCAAGAUCCUUGUUGGCGAUGACAUUCCUCCUGGUUGUCUUCAGUUGCUUGAGCAGCUUUCAGAUAUAUUCGAUGCCGGUUUUCGACAACUUCGAAGCCAGCUACACGCACCGGACGAACCGACCAUGCUCGGUGUGGGUGCGGUCGGGUUUCCGGGUGGUUUACGGGUUCAUCAACUUCUUCAUAGGAGUUGCACUGCCGUUCCUUUCGAGUCUAGCAGGAUUGUUGGGCGGACUAACUCUUCCGGUGACAUUUGCAUACCCAUGUUUUAUGUGGGUGCUGAUCAAGAAACCCACAAAGUAUAGCUUCAACUGGUAUUUCAACUGGUCGUUAGGGUGGCUGGGGGUGGCGUUUAGUGUGGCGUUUACGAUCGGUGGGAUUUGGAGCAUCGUCGAUAGUGGGCUGAAACUGAAGUUCUUCAAGCCUAGUUAGUUAAUUAUAUGAAGAUUGAAGGUAUGAUU